AUGCAGAGUCCUACUCUCACGAGAACCAUCGACUCGUUAAAACGAUUCCUUGUCCAGGCUCAAUGCACACAAAAUCUCAAUUAUAAUGGCCGUGGUCAAGGUACAAGCUUCAAAUUCAAUGGAAAUGAACGUUUACCCCCUUUUAAAGGGAUAUCACUUCGGUCGUACGACUGGAACCACAGCGUUGAUGAGGUCCGAAGGCAUUGGAAUUUCUCGCGGAUAGAGCAUUUAACUCUUAUCGACGUGCCUCUAUUCGAAUUCUUUACUUCGGUGCCUAUUCCAGAACUCAACAACCUCCGGACACUCCACUGCGAAGACUUUACCACGCAUGCCUUAUCUCGACGUGAAGAUAUAACAAGGAUUCUACACGUACUGAUAGGCCGUAUUGAGGCUCUUCAGAAGAUUAAGAUAGUUUGCAAUACGGAAUCAUUUCCAAUAGAUUCGCUACUUUGUCAUGCUGAUUCGCUCGAGGCUCUGAGCUUCCGGGACUACACCGGCUUUGGCGACGAGACGCGACGGUAUCCCACGAUGCGAACAAAAGAUCUUACUCAACUAUCUCACGCGCUAGUCAAUCUUAGCUAUCUGGAGCUGGGUAUGGAUGUAACCAUGUGCAACUCUGACCAGUUCCUCGAGGCGCUCUGCAAUUUCCCUCGACUCCACACCCUCAACUUAAACACGCAGACGGUGUGGCGUGCUCAUCAUAUGGUACGCAAUAACGAAGAUCUAGACCACACCGCCGCUUUAGCGAUGCUACAACUUCUGAUUAGCGAUAAGCGAGGGAGCCCAUGGCGGCACAUCACGAUCAACGUCGGUGGGUGGAAGCCGGUUAUGGUGCGCCGGCUAGGCGCAGCGUGGCGCGAUAAGAAUAACCAGGGGAUAUAUGCCGAGAGGUGUUUCCGCAUGGAUAGGGAUGAGGAGAUGGGCGAAUAUAUAUUUAGGGAGGAGGAAGGUAAGGAUAAUACUUCUAUCUAG